AUGAGAAUAAACAUCGCCCUAUUCUUUGGGUGCCUUGUCACAUUUGCCAUUGCAUGGUCAAACGUCGACCAAGAAUUGUUCCAGAUCAAUUACGAGGUCAAGAAAGAUCUUGGUGAAGAUGUCACAUUCUACUCAUGGCUUGAAUUGCCAAAUGGCCCAAAAUCUUCUUAUGAUGAAAUAAACAAGGCCUAUCGGAAACUCUCCAGGAAAAUCCACCCUGAUAAAGUCAAACGUUCAAAAUUUGGUGCCGAUGCUAAAAAGUACAAGAGAGUGAAAAAAAGAUCGACCGAACGGUACCAGCGUCUCAGUAUCGUUGGGGAAAUCCUUCGGUCGAGCAAAAAGGACAGAUACGAUUUCUUCUAUGACCACGGGUUCCCUACUUACAAGAACAACACCUGGCUUUAUCAGAAAUUCAGACCAUCGGUAGUGAUGGUGUUUGUCGGGCUCUAUUUCCUCAUUGGGGUGUUCCACUACGUGCUCUCGAAGCUCCAAAACACCCAGAACCGUAAACGACUUGAACUCACCGUUGAUCAGAUCAAGCGACAAGCAUGGCCCACGGGGAUUCCUCCUUCGGAUGGCAGAGACCGUAUGAUGACCAACGAGGCCACGGGGAAAACGUUUGUGGUGAAGAUCGAUGGGUCGGUGCACGUGGUGGAUAACCUCGACAGUUCGGUGUUGCACUCGGUGAACCCUCAAGAUAUCCGGGACCCAGAGGUGUGUGAUAACUUUGUGGUGAAGUGUCCUAUUUGGAUUUGGAAUAGUACUGUCGGGAAAGUUGUCCCGGGGUUGUACUAUACCGUUAAGCCACGGGUGAAUAAGGCGACAAAGGAAGAAAAGGUAGAAGAAGUUAGUAGUAGUAAAAAGCCAAAGAAGGCCAAGAAGCAAGUUGGAGAGAAGAAGACUUUACCUAACGGUACGGUAGUUGGUUCGAGAAAGAAGAGGAAUUGA